AUGAGCGCCGCGAGGGACUAUUUCAAACGCGAGGCGCGGCUGAGCAUGCUUGGCCUGGAGCACCCGAAACCGUCGUGCUUCCACCUGAGCGCUUGGCAGACGAACCGCUCGGCGACACCGUUGCUCGUUUGGCGCGCGUCGCUGUUCCUAGCCUCGCUCGGCAUCGUGCUGGCGUCGAUGGUGUCGUACGGCCAAGGCGGCAAGUUCGGUUUCUGGUUCAUAUACCUGACGCACUGGGGCCUGGCCCUCAACACGUUCGCGACCGGAUUCGCUGCCGCCGUCUCCGCGCGCUGCUUCUUUCGUGGGCCCGUCGGCGCCGAAUUCAGUUUGCCGUGGUAUAUAAAAAGCUACUGGGUUCUCUACAAUAGCGCCGUCCCUAUCGCAUUCCUAAUUACAGUGUUUUAUUGGACUAUACUAUAUGAAGCGGGCUUCGAAGAAGAACUCAACCCUGGGCUGGAUGUAGCCGUCCAUGGUCUUAACUCAGUAGUCAUGUUUCUCUUGCUGGUUUCAUCUUCGCAUCCCUCGAGGCUGUUGCACCUGUACCAUCCCAUGAUCUUCGGGUUGACAUAUACGGCUUUCAGCGCUAUCUACUACCUAGCCGGUGGAGUGGACCGCGCCGGCAACCCAUGGAUCUACCCGGUCGUGAACUGGGGUGAGCCGGGUCCGACGUCAGCUACGGUGGCGGUGACGGGCGUGCUCCUCGUAUCGCUGCAUUUCGCCGUGGUGGGAUUGGCGGCGAUACGCGACGCCACCGCUUCCCGCUGCAUCCGACCUUCGGUCAUCACGCACGUGGAGGAGGGCGUGCCUCUCCGAGCGCCCGUGCAGACUGCAACG